AUGGGAUGUAAAUUCUCGAAGGCUAAGUUUUUUCGACGAAAGCGCAGCAAGGCAACUGGAGAUGAUCAGGAAGUUACAGCGCAUCUCAAAAAGAGAGAUCGAGGAGGAAAGUAUCAAGAACGUCUUGGUACCUUAGAUGAACUACAUGGUGAAGCAAGCGAUACACAGGCCGUCCAAACUCUUGUUCAAGGCGGCUUGAACAAGAAAAUUGCAAAUGAGCUAGUGUUACGACACGAGAAAGGUUUCUUGAAUGCUACGGGGGACAUUGCCAAUGUUUUAGAGAAACAUAACACGAAGUAUUAUCUACAGUUACAAGACAACAUUCUUGUGAGAGUGAAUUCAAUAGGAGAGCUAAGUUACGAGAAACUUGGAAAUGAAAUACGCGAAGAAAUCCCAAAGAAAGGUCCUGCUCACUUGAAGGAUAAAAUAAGUAUUAAUACAGCAUCAGAAAAGGAACUGGAGAAAAUAAAAGGGAUUGGACCUACUCUUGCACACAGAAUUGUUCAGUACAGGAAAGAACAUGGACCGUUUACUAGCAUUGAGGAUGUUGCGUCAGUACGUGGUGUGAGUGAGAAACUUCUAGAGAGAAUAUCUUCAGAAGUAACCAUUGAAACCUCACAAAGCAGUCAAAAUUGGAAUUAUGAGAGGAGGGGGGCUCAAAAUAUUACUCCCCACGAUAAUACUGUGCGUGUUGCAAGCUGGAACUUGCUUUCUUUUUCUUCUGAUAAGGCAGAAAAUUCUGGUGUUCUAGAGGUUGUUUGUUGUACAAUAUUAGAAAAUGGGUAAGCAUUUGAGCUGUUUUAAAUCAAAUACGGAGGCAUUUGUAGGGUCCGGCAUAUACUGUGACUGUUUCGUCUAACAAGUGCUGUGUGGUACUUGUAGUUGAUUUUACUAAAAACAUCUGAUCAUCUCAUUGCUUUCUCAUCAAAUUUCAAAUGCUUUGUGAGAGGUUUGGUUAUAAGAUGACUGGUUUAGUGGUAAGUCGGUACAUGUAUGUGACAAUUUGCAAAAUAAAUUAUUCACACAACAAAAUAAUGCAGGUUAAAUGCUAUACCUGACAUGCUUCCAAGAGUAAUGAACUUUUUGCUUGACAGAUUUUUUCAACUUUUCCCUAGGACAUCCGGAACUAACAUUUGUCAGAUCCUGAAUUGUGUUAGGAAGGGCAUUAGUGAUAUCUCAUUCAAGGCAAUUAAUCAAGUUAUCUGAGUCAAUUUCCUGGUUUCCUUUAUAAGGCCCAUUUUACAUGUGAAAGUCAUGCUGCUAUUAUGUCAAACUCAACUGACCAAAUUAAACUUCACCCAAUACAGUGUAUAUGUAGCAUGGCUUAUUGGUUUCAAACAUCAUGGUACUGCUAAUUGUAAACAAGAAAAUGAACUUUUCCAGACUCCAUCAUAAUUAUUCACAUGUACCUAUGAAUGAAGAAUCAAUACGGAAAAUGGGAAGGUUUUCAAUUAGAGCUGUUUUCUGGUUUCAGCAAUGAUUUCAUUAAUAGGCCACAGUAGUUUAUCAACCUUGUGUCAGCCUUGCAAAAUCUAGAACUUUCUGUCAUUUCUACCGUCAAUUGAAUUGAAAGAAGGGUUCAAGUUUGUAUUUUGUUCUUAAAUUAAGCCCUGACAGAGUUUAAAAUAACUAGCUUUACAUCAAGCAAAAAAUCCAUCUAGCCAUGCAGUUGACAGUUCAAAGACUUAGCAGAGUUAUAAUGUACAGGUAAAACAAUUACAGCAAUUCUGUGUCCCAUAGACCUUUUCUGAUGAUAUUUAUUUCUUUAACUGUUGAAAAUUAUACUUUUUUGCACUAAUUGAAGCAAAGGUUAUGACAUCACUAUCGCAGGAAAUGAGGGACUCAUUGAUUCAAAUGUCUCUGUUGGGAGUUUGUGACUCAAGGAGAUUGCUGAAAUUCAGUCUAAUAGUCUUCGUUAAAGUUUUUUUUGUCUAAAAAAACUGUAUUAUGUCUUCUCUUCACUUUCAUGUGGUUUUUUGUUCAACAGAAUUGAAAUACUGGCUGUUCAAGAAGUUGGUGAUGAAAAUGCACUGAAUAAGGUAAAUACAGUUUCUGUGUACAUGUUUUCAUUCAUAGUGGAUAGUAUGUGAAGGCUCCCCACAGUCUAAAACUGUUUUUCUUGAUGUAUUGAAUAGAGAACUAAGUCAGAUUAUUUAGAGUUUUAGCUUCUGUGUCCCAGAUGUUACUUAACCCCAGCUAGUAACCUCUACAAAGAAAGGGUAAGAUCCUUGUUCUGGUUUCCCAUUGGACUUAACGAACUACCGGAAGUUCAUCUCCAAUUUCGUCUUUAACCUGAUAGGCUAACUGAACAAUAACUUCUGUAGCAGGCCAAUCAUGGUGCAUACCCAUUAAUUCUGGUACAGAGCUAAGGGCCCAGAACAGGGACAUGGACACUGGCUUGUAGACGGUUAAACUUAACCAGAGGUGUAGUCUCCUACACCUGCUAAUAAUGACAUUUACAAAUUCUUUGUGGUUGUUGUGCAGAUUAAAGAUGAACUGAAUAAUCCAACAAUUGAUGCUGUGAAAAGCUUUAAGCAUUGUGGACACUGGCAAUGUUGCACAUCUGAUGUUGCAGGUUACAUGUUUAGGGUAUGUGCUUUUAAUUUCUAAAAGUGUUAUUAGUAGCUAGCAUCUGUAAAUUUUCCGACCCAUUCCUCAUGCUUUCACUGCAAAAAGUGGCAGUUGCAAUGACAAAAAGUCACGCAAACAAUAAAUUUGCUGUUGUAAAGUCCUAAGAAAUUAAUAGAUCUAUGCAAAAGUUCUUCCAAUGAGGUUUCAUUUGAAUGGAAACACCAGAGAACUUUAUUCACAAAUUAAAAUUUUAGUGUGACCCAACUUGGCCUAGAGUUGAAUGGGUUAAUUAUUUCCCAUUUUCAGGACUUAUAAGGAGCAAGGGAAAUGUUUGGAAAGUAUAUGUAAUUUGAAUCCUGAUAAACUUUUCUCUGCCAUAUUGUGUGUUGACUUCCCACAAGUGCAGUACAUUACAUGUUGUUCAAGUGAGAUAGUUAACCCUUUAAGCCCCAAUAUCCACAUACAAAUUCUCCAAACUGAUCUCCAUACAUUUCCUUCAUGAAUGAGUUGAGAGAAUUUGAUAAAAGAUCAAGGCAUUUUUCCUUAGGUGAUCAUUUUAUUAAUUCUCAUAACCUAAUCCCUUGACAUUGUAUGGAUAUAGUUGGGAGUAAAUUGACUUUAGUCACUAUUGGGACUUAAAGGGUUAAGCUGUUGUCCUUGUUCUGUGUACACUUUAUAGACUUACCAACCUUCCAUUGUGGUCAGUCACAUUUGGACUGCUGAUGUGUCCCUGGAAUGAAGGCACAUGUAAACCUGGGUUUGGAACCCAGAAAAAGUGUGUCCCUUCUUCCUCAAUAGAGGCCGUGUUCCUUCUAUAGAGGUAACAGAUAUAAAGAUUAUGAAAAUACCUGUAAUUUCCUGGACCAAAUUUUGUGUUCUGUGAAUGGAGGUGUCCCUUGAAUAGAAGUGUCCACAUGGAGAGGGUCCACUAUAUUCAACUUAUUCCAAUAAUUUAUUUUUUAGUCCAAGGAAUACAAUGGCUUUCUGUGGAAUACAAGUUCAUCAAAAGGUAUCAAGCUAAAAAGUGAUGCCCUCCUUAAUAAACCAAAGCAAGGUCACAAGCAAUUUGCCAGAAGACCUUACCUUGGUUUCUUUGAGGUACUGUUUAUUUUGUAUAAAAUUUUUAAUAUUCAAAAUUAAUUUUAUGCUUUACUAUUUCUAAGUAUUGUUAUACAGAAAAAAUGAAGUUUACUGGUUGCUGCUUUACAGGUAGCUACGUAUCAUUAGGUCUAGGUUUAGGCCCUGCCUAGGUCAUUGUAUUGUGCUCUUGGGUAGCCCUCGAUCAUACAGGGUGUACCCUCCAGCACUCAAAAAUAGAAUUUUUGAAUUCUACAGUAGCACAUCCUUUGGGCAAGUACUGUAACUCUCACAAUGUGCUUGCCUGGGGCAACGACUUGCUUGUCUUAGCUAACGGCGUAGUUGGAGCCGGGUGGCUUGCCUGAAUCUUGCUCAUUGGGCAAAUCACCCUUACAGUACACUGUACCUCACUCCACCUAAUUUUAUGAAUGGAUACUGGUGAAUUUAGUGAGGGGUAUCCCUGGUAGUUGUUCUCACCCUCUCUCCUUAGUAUGUGAGUUAGAAAAGUGAGAACAACACUGCUUUACAGCACUAGGAUGGACUCCUGAAGGUUGGAGGUUGAGAGGAAAUCCAAAAACUACUUGGAGGAGGACAGUUGAGAAAGAGCAAAACAAAGUUGGGUGGAAGAGCUGGGAAGUAGCCAAAGCAGUUGCACAAGACAAAAAGUAUUGGUCAGACAGGCCAGAUAGGCCUUAUGUGUCUACUGGUGAGACAUGAUGAUGAUGAUGAUGGUGGUCCCCAGUAGGGUUUGACAUUGAGUCAGUGGUGGAAUAAAAACAUUCCUAAUUAUUGCUUCAUACAGUGUACUGAAAUUUCAGAUUAUGUUUUUGAUCUUAUGCUGCGUGACCACCAACUUCAUCUGCCUGAUUAUUUCCACUUUGCAUUCUAGUUCUUUAAGGAGGAUUUAUGCCAUUUUCUUUGCCAAAUCAAAUACGCCUCCCUCCCACCUCAAAUGUGCUUGAAAUAAAUAAGCCUCAGGGGUGGGGGGGGUGGGGGGGGGGUGGGGAGAGGCUUACAUGUAAUAGCGGAUUUACAGUAUUGUUAUUUUUUGUUUGUUUUUGUUUUUCAUAGGCCAAGAAAUUUGACUUUGUUCUUGUGAGUGUUCACUUAAAAGCAACAGGCUUAGGAAAUUCUGAUCUCGAGAGACUUGAGGUAAGCUCUACAGUCAAACCCUUUUAAUACGGGCUCUGAAGUGGCCAUAGAAAGUGUCCAUAUUAACAGGGUGUCUGUAUUAAGCAGGUCAUGUUAUUAAAGUCAGAAUGACACCUUUUAUUAGGGCAAAAUAUAAAGGGAAUAAAAGAGGACACAAGCAUCGUCAAGUUAAACAUUUCUAAACUUCACAAAGCCGUUAU